UUUUGUUGAAGCAAAAUUAUAGACUUUACGGGCAAUGAAACAAGGGCAACCAAUGCAUAUUGCCAUGUGACAGGGUCGACAUUUUAGGACCAUAGUAUUAUAAAAUCUCCGUUGUAUGUGCCUCUGCAAUUAAUACGUUGUGCUCUUCUUACUUAAAGUUGGACUAUGGUAUUAUAACAUCUUGUCAACUGUUAUAUAUGCCUCUGCAAUCAAUACGUUGUGCUCUUCUUACGGAAAGGUGCUGAACUUCUUGCUAAGAAAUUUCAUUUUUUACAAUUUGUUCUAAUUUGACCCAGUAUAAUACUGUUAGCUUUGGAUUAGCUACAGAAAAGAGUGAGGAAGCAAAAAGUUGACGCCGUGAUCAUCGCUCUUUCUCAGUGAUCCUCCCAUUGUUUGCCAGCAUAUAAUAUGUGAAAGUCAAUGCACUUGAUUCACGUAAAAAGGCGUGGUCAAGAUUUGUUCCAUCCCCAUCAUGGUCAAGCGUCCAGUUUCGUAGAAGUGGGGGAAAACACAAUAAGGAUUCGAGUAAACGAGACUCUCCUUUGGUGUGUAUAUAUUAUGGAAGCUGAUAAAGUAUGAUUGAAGACUUCGCCAAGGACACUCCAAGUAUUGCAUAGAAGUGAUAGCCCCUCCCUCCCCCGGCUCUCUCAAGCUCACAGAAGCCUUCAAAAAUGGCAACUCAACAGUCAAAACAAACUCCAUCACCACCUUCCAAGCCUUCCUCUCCCAGCUCUCAUAUGAUCAAGCUUUUUUCACGUUUCCUUCUCUUCGGCUUGGGCUUCGCCUUGGGCAUCAUUUCCAGUUUCUACCUCAAAACCAUCCCAUCCUCAAGCCAAAUUACUGAACCCACUCUCUUGCGUUCCCUGACACCUUCACCAGAACCGCCGUCACCGCCAUUAUUAUCACCACCGCCAGCCUUAAAUCACACAGUCGUUGCCACAGAGCGUGUGGGACUAAAAGGUUUCAUGGAGCCAGGCAAGGUCAUGCAUGACAUGAGCGACGAGGAGUUGCUGUGGAGGGCGUCGAUGGUCCCCAAGAUGGAAGCUUUCCCCUACAAGCGCAUCCCCAAGGUUGCAUUCCUCUUUCUCACUAAGGGUGCUCUUCCCUUCGCACCGCUGUGGGAGAAGUUCUUCAAGGGGAACGAAGGGCUAUAUUCCAUCUACGUGCACCCACAUCCUUCCUACAAAGAGUCCGUGCCGGAGGAUUCGGUGUUCCAUGGUCGCCGAGUCCCUAGUAAGGUGGUGCGGUGGGGACAACCAAACAUGGUGGAAGCUGAACGCCGCCUCUUGGCAAAUGCUUUAUUAGACCACUCAAACCAACGUUUUGUCCUUCUUUCUGAAUCAUGCAUUCCCGUCUUCAACUUUUCCACUAUUUACUCCCAUCUCAUCAAUUCUACCAAAACAUUUAUCCACUCCUACGAUGAUCUGGGACCUGGUGGUCGUGGUCGAUACAAGAUAGCAAUGAGUCCACAAUUGAAGCUAGAACAAUGGCGCAAGGGUUCUCAGUGGGUUGAGGUGGAUCGAAACCUCGCAAUUGAAAUAAUUUCUGAUGAAACAUACUUUCCACUCUUUUUGAAAUACUGCAGGUCAUCAUGCUUGACAGAUGAACAUUAUUUACCAACAUUUGUAAGUAUGAAAUUUGGAUGGAAGAAUGCAAACAGGAGCUUGACUUGGACUGAAUGGUCACCACAUCAGUCACACCCAACCUUAUAUCAAGGUUCACAUGUAACAAUUCAGCUAUUAGAGAGGAUGAGGAAUGGGACUACAUGCAGUUACAAUGACAGGACCACUAGGGUGUGCUUCUUAUUUGCUAGGAAGUUCUCACCAAAUUCACUGGAUCGAUUGUUGACGUUGGCUCCAAAAAUCAUGGGCUUUGGUUAAAUAUAUAUAAUGAAGGAUGGUGGCAUAUGGGUU